ACAGAUUCAGGAAGAGUUCUCCUCGCACCUGCAGUUAUUUUCAUAUGGUGAGAAGUGGAGUCUAAAGAGGAGCUUUACAGGUGUGGAGGCACAAUGAGUAAGAGCCAAAAAAACAUAGGCAAAAGUGCCAUGUUUUACAAACCAGUAGGAGAGGCGAAGGAAAUCAGAUCCGGAUAUCUAUACAAGUCUCCCCCUUCCAAAGGCCUAAAGACUGAGAAAUCAUGGAAGAAACGCUAUUUUAUUUUAUUUGAAAUUAAUAAAAACGACUACCAGCUCAAGUACUUCAGGGGUCCAGAAGAGAAAGACCGGCCACUUGGAGGAAUUGACCUAUCACACAUUUCGCUUCUUAAUGUGAGUCCACAAACACAUACAAAAUGGCCGUGGGUCCAGAAGAGUUUCAAGUGCUCCCCAGACUGUGUACUUUACCUUCGAGCAGCAGAUCGGGAUUACUUUUUAAUCGGGAAGACCAGUGAUGAGGUGGAUGGCUGGUUCAAUGACCUGUACGAAGCCCUCAAGAACAAACCCCACAAGUUUCUCAAUUCAGACGAAAUAUCAAAUGGACAGCAGUUUAUAGAGGUAAUUACAAAUCCCAUAUUGAGGAAAAAGAAUACAACCCCUGUGAAUGUGAAUGAACAGCCAGCUAUGAAAUAUCGUUCCAUGUCUGACCCUCUGUCUCUCACAAAAGACUUUGAGAUUGAAAAACCAAAGAUGGAAGAUUACCCCAGAGGGAGACGAUUAUCAGAGCCUGUGCAUCCGCUAUAUGACUAUCCAAAGAACUACAUUAAACAGUUCCAAGUACAUUCUAAUGAUGGGAACGGAGAAGGACUUUAUGAGGAUAUGGUGGAGAUAAAGAAAGGCGAAGAAGGCUCCCAGGCACUGGAUAAAGAAGUAGAAGCAGCUACUGGCACCAUGACGAGGUCCAUGAGCCUGGCUUUUGAUCGGUUCAAGACUCAGUUUUCACCACUGCCUUCGUUCGAUGAGGAGACAAAUAAGGACAGUGAGUGCAGACGGCCAUUAUCGGACUGUAGCACUAGUUCAAGUGACAAUGGAGCCAUGUCACCAGAUCCAGUGUCGCCAGGUCCAGUGUCGCCAGGUCCAGUGUCGCCAGGUCCGGUGUCACCAGGUCCAGUGUCACCAGGUCCAGUGUCGCCAGGUCCAGUGUCACCAGAUGCAAUGUUGCCAGAUGCAAUGUUUACAGGUGGAGAGUGGACAGAUGUAAUGUCGCCUGGUGCAAUGUCUCCAGGUACAAUGUUGGAAAGACCAAGAACACUAGAAAAACAAAGCUCCUCAGAAUGCCUUGACCCCUUCAACCCAAACGAGAGGGAUAUAGAGAUCAAACAGUCUGAUCUAAAAAAGCACCUGAAACUAACAGAGGUGGAUGACAAGCCCAGUGUGUCCAGCUGGACGGGGCAGCCAGCGUGCCUGUUCUUUAAAGGGGACCAGAUUUUGGCUUUAAAUGACUUACACAUUAGCAACAUCCAAGACUACACCAUGUUGAUCAAUAAGGCACUCAAGAAUGAGGUGAAACUCACCGUCCUGCGUCUGCCUGGGGGCCAGGUGGUCCAUUCUGCCAAUUGCCUCUGCAGCAAUGAACUGGCACCAAGCAGUCUCUACAUUAUUGGAGCAAAAGAAGAACCUUGACUCACCAUAUAUAGAGAUGUUGCCGCUAACAUGGGGCUCUAUGUCCUCCACUGACUCCACCUGCUGGCUGAACGUCCAUCCAGUUGGUUUGAAAGCCACCAACUUGUCGUACUUGGUUGAGAAGCGGGCCAAAUGAUCUUGCAAUUUCUGUAAACAUGAAUAACAACUAAAUUAGCAUCUUAUAUACACAACUUUCAAAUUCAGAAUACAUGAAAUAAACUUUAACCACAUCACAUUUUCAAAUAUACUUCUAAUAUCCUUUUGCAGGCUCCUUUAAAGCAAUUUUCUUUCCCUUAUUUUUUGUAUACAAGCACCAUUAAAAUGUGACACUUUGGAACCAAGCAGGUGACAAAAAUGUUACAUAGAGGUAUAAUUGCUUUGCCUGGAAUUUUCUUCAGUAAAACACUUGAUAUGAGCUUUGUUUCAUCCAAUGUUUACCUACCUUGAAUGACAGUUGCAUCAUGGGUAAUACAUGGACCUGGGCUGAUUUCCAGUCUGUAGUUAUUCUCUGUUUGAUUUCCUCUGACUCCAGACAGCACAUGGUGUUGAACUUGUCCCUGGAUAGGCACACUUUAGAUCCCAGGACAUCUGCAAGGGCUAAGAGCAACAAACACCAUAGUGUGAGAUACAGUGCAUAUUAUGAAGAAAUUGAAAAGCAUUUCUCUUUAAACUAGAAGAUCUCAUGUUUAAUUCCAGGUCUGAAUAAAUGUUUUUAUUAUCAUUGGGGGAUAGGGCCAGAGGCUUGGCAGAAAUGUCCAAGUUUAUUUAGAUUUGAUUCGUUUCGGUAUUUUUGCACAAUUAAAAAGGACUGCCUCAAAAACUAUACAGACUUAUUGAAAAAAAAUGUGUUGAAUAAUUUAUAAUUGGAUUAGACUGGACUUAGAAGUUAGAACCUUUCUUUAACAGAUUUCUAUUCUGCAACAUACCCCUGAAUUAUUGACAGAUUUCUGUUCCUGUUCCCACCAGAUUAAAUGCAUAAAUUACCAUGCUAUUUUCACAAAAACAAUUAGCUAUCCAAACAUGCCACUUCUCAUCAACUGCCUAAUUAUCAAAAGACUGCUACAUUUAAUUUAUUUAGGCUAAAAUUAGUCACUGUCAUCAGGGCAAUAGAAACCUCUAAGGACCAUCGCUGGCUGAUCUAAUUUUACCCAGGUAAUAGGAGAAACUUGCGCAGUAAUUAUUAGUUUAGAAAUAUUAUGCACAGAUGUUGUGAAUCUAAAAACUUACCCAGAAAGACCUUCUCCUUCCCCACAGAGUAUGAGCCACACACCACCAGGGUGCGCGGGUUGAGUGUCACCAAUUCAAAGGCCGUGUUGGCUGCAUAGUUAAUGACCUCUUGUUGUUUUGGGAAAGUGUACUCUGGACUGCAAUAUCUGUUGAAAUAAAUAUGAG